UAUUUUUAGGAAAGCAGUUAUUUGGCUCUGUGCGCUUUUGCCACUAUAUUAUUGCACUGUACUCGCAGUAAUAGUCGUGCAUCGGUUGUCGCCACCCGCACUUAAAUUUAUUUAAACGAGUCUCGAACGAAUAAAAUAUAAAUCACUUUUUUUUUCGGUUUUAUUUAAAAAAAAGCGGUUCAGUGAAAGCUAAAAGAACAACAACAUGUCGUCCGGUCGUACUUUAACACCCCUUAUUUACCGUUAUUACGGAUUAAAUGUGCGCCAUUUAUCAUCAUCUUCCAGCGUUUUAUCGGCGUCGUCGUCGUCCUUUGCGACAGCAUGGGAUAUAAAACAUAGAACAGCUGAUGGUUGCGGUAGUCAUAAGUCGUUCAACAAUCAAACCGUGCGCACCAUGGCUACAAAUCGAACAGCUUUAACCAUCGAUAAUAUGAACCCACAAAUUAAGGUUAUGGAGUACGCCGUUCGUGGGCCUCUUGUUAUAAGGGCCGCUGAACUCGAAAAGGAACUAGCUAAGGGGGCAAAACGUCCUUUCAAAGAAAUUAUUAGAGCAAAUAUUGGGGAUUGCCACGCGAUGGGGCAAAAACCAAUUACUUUUAUUCGACAGUUAUUAGCAUGCGUUUCAUUACCAGAAUUAUUGGACGACCCAAGAUUUCCCGCUGAUGUUAAAGAGAAGGCGAAAUUGAUUUUGAAAGGAUGCAAAGGACAAUCGGUUGGUUCUUACACUGAUUCUCCAGGCAUUGAAAUAAUUCGCCGACAUGUUGCUGAAUUUAUUCAAAGAAGGGAUGGAAUUCCAUCGAAUUGGGAGGAUGUUAUUCUCACAGCUGGUGCUAGCGAUGCAAUUAAAGGAAUUUUAAAAUUGAUGAUUGCCGAUGUUGACGGAAAAAAAGCAGGCGUGAUGAUUCCUAUUCCUCAAUAUCCACUUUACACUGCCAGUUUAGCUGAAUUUGAUAUGGUCCCGGUUAGUUAUUACUUAAACGAAGAGUCAGGAUGGAGUUUAGAGAUCGAUGAAUUGGAAAGAGCUGUUGAAGAGGCUAAACGCGAUUGUUUACCUCGAGCUUUAGUUUUGAUUAAUCCUGGAAAUCCAACCGGGCAAGUUCUCACUCGCCAAAACAUCGAAAACAUUAUUAAAUUCGCUCAUAAACACAAUUUGUUUUUAUUAGCUGAUGAAGUAUAUCAAGAUAACGUUUAUGAUCCAAAUUCCAAAUUUCAUUCAUUCAAAAAGGUGCUUAUUGAAAUGGGCGAACCCUACUCAAAAAUGGAAUUAGCAAGUUUUAUGUCGGUUUCGAAAGGUUAUAUGGGAGAAUGCGGCCUUCGUGGUGGUUACACAGAGGUUAUUAACAUGGACGCUGAUGUUAAAAAGAUGUAUCUUAAAGCUUUAAGCGCAAUGCUUUGCCCCACCGUUUUAGGACAAACUGUCAUUGACUCUGUUGUUAAUCAUCCAAGAGAAGGAGAUCCCAGCUAUGCAACUUGGAUUAAAGAAAAAAAUGACGUUUUGGAUUCAUUAAAAUUGCGCGCAAAAAUGGUUGCGGAUGCUUUUAAUUCUUUCGAAGGAUUUUCUUGUAACCCAGUUCAAGGAGCUAUGUAUUGUUUCCCGCAAUUUACACUUCCAGAAAAAGCGAAAGAAGAUGCCGAACGUCUGGGUCAAGCCCCAGAUGUGUUUUACGCGUUUCAAUUAUUAGAAAAAACGGGAAUUUGUAUCGUUCCCGGGUCUGGUUUCGGCCAGAGACAAGGUACAUAUCAUUUCCGUACGACCAUUUUACCACAACCCGAUGUUUUGAAGAGGAUGUUGGGGCUUUUUGAGAAAUUCCACAAGGAAUUCAUGAAAAGAUACCAAUAAAUGUAAUUUUAUUAGUAUUAAACGAGCACGAAAUUUAAUUUGUAAGGUAGAAUUGUGAUAUGAUUUUAUAGUUCUUUUAUUAUUUCUUUUUUUGGACAUGAAUACAUAGUACAUUUUAUUUUGUGUAUAUAUGGAACGUAAUCGCACUUCUAUCGGGCGCUCGUUAUGUUGGGUACGUUAUGUUGAAUUGAAAACGUUUGUUAAAACAUGUUGAAUAAAAUUCAAUCGUUUUGUUUU